AUGUCUUUUUCUGUCAAUAUCUUCCAAUAUAAAACCAACUUGCCUGCAAUUGAGUACGCCUCAGACGGAACGCCGCAAAACUUCCUCAUUUUCAUAGGCGGUUUGGGAGACGGGCUCCUUUGCACCAAGUACAUUCCGUUGAUAGCCGACUACUUCAACACUCAAUUAGAAGGUAAAUGGGCUGUGGUGGAAACAUUGAUUUCCUCGUCAUAUAUUGGUUGCGGCACGGGCAGUUUGAAGCGAGAUGUCCGUGAGUUGGGUCAACUCGUGAAGUACCUUAGAACAGAAAGAGGAUCUAAAGACUCGAAGGUCGUGCUUAUGGGCCACUCAACUGGGUGUCAGGACACUUUGGAGUACCUUUCCAAGUACACAUUUCAAGAGGACUUCGAAGAAAUCCUGAGAUUAGACGGUGGUAUCUUGCAGGCGCCAGUAUCGGAUACGGAAGCCUCGGAGUACUUCCACAAUGUCAAGGAGAUGCCGAAGCUCUUAGAGGAGGCCAAGAAACUUAUAGAUGAAGGAAGAGGCGAGGAAUUGGCUUCAGAGGAGGCAAGAAAGGCAUCUUUUGGUGUGCCAGUUUCGGCAUACAGAUUCUACUCGUUGAAUGCUAGAAGAACAGAUGAUGACUACUUCUCCUCGUAUCUCGAGGACGACGACUACAAGCAAACAUUUGCCAAGAUUCAGCUGCCUAUUCUUGUCUUGGUAGGUGAGAAGGAUGAGUUUAUUCCUCCAACCGUUGAUCGCCAGGCGUUGCUAGAGCACUGGAAGAGAAAUACCCCUGCUAAGUUGUGGAGUGCUUACAGUAAAGUUGUCAAAGGUGCUGAUCAUAAGGGAGGUGGCCCAUUAUCGGAAGAAGGUGCCGCUGACGAUAUUGCAAAGACUGUAGUAAAGUAUAUAACUGAGACGUUCUAA